CAGCAAUCAUGCAGUACAGAAUAGACCUCUGGACUCAGGCUGCCUUUGUUUUCUGCUCUAUAGUUUCUACUGGAGGGGAGCACACAUGUCCAGAGAUUAAAGUUGUUGGUUUGUCGGGGUCUGAGAGGCUCACUGUACUACAGGGAUGCCCUGGUGUACCUGGGGCUGCUGGGACCCCUGGUCUGAAUGGGCUUCCUGGAAGCAGAGGUGAUACUGGGGUUGCUGGAGUCAAAGGAGAAAAGGGUGAGCAGGGACUCUCUGUAAAUACUGGACCUAAAGGAGACCAGGGUGUCCAAGGAACAAAAGGUGAAAAGGGAAGCUGCCAUGACUUAGGUAUCACAGACUGUCAGCAAGGUGCCAAGAACUGCAAAGAAGUGCUGGCCCAUGGGCAGGUACUAAGUGGUUGGUACACAGUGUACACUGAAAGCUGUAAAGCAGUGAUGGUGUUCUGUGACAUGCACACUGACGGAGGAGGUUGGCUGGUGUUUCAGAGGCGCAUGGAUGGCUCUGUAGAUUUUUACCGUGGCUGGAAGGAGUACAAGGAAGGGUUUGGAAAUCGGUUGUCUGACUUCUGGCUGGGGAACGAGAAUAUUCAUCAGCUCACCAAAACAGGAGACUUUCAGCUGCGUGUGGACCUAGAGGAUUUUGAUCAUGAAAGAACUUAUGCAACCUACAGGUCCUUCCGAAUUCAGGGUGAGUCUGAUCUUUACAGACUUAUACUUGGGGAAUUUGUACAAGGAACGGCAGGAGACUCUCUGAAGGUACAUAGUAUGCAGCCUUUUUCCACCCAUGACAGAGAUAAUGAUAAUGCAGACCAGAACUGUGCCGUUACCGUAAGUGGUGCCUGGUGGUAUGUAGGCUGCUAUCACUCUAACCUUAAUGGACGCUACCUUAGAGGGAAAACUGGCAAAUAUGGGAUAGACUGGGGCACUGGCAAAGGAGUUGGCUAUUCUUACAAAUAUGCUGACAUGAAAUUUAGGCCAAUGUAAAUGGUUCAUGUACAUUUUUAUCAUUGAAAUUUGCUGUUAAUUCAACUCAUUAAACAAUAAGAUAAUUUAUGUAUGUAACAAUAAUUUGUAACCUGAUUAACACAGCUGUAUUCCUUUGUCUGAUAUAUAAUGAAGGACAGACAGUGUAAGCUUAUUGCAUGUUGUGAAUAUUUAAAAAAAGUACUGUAUAAUAUAAUUUUUAUGAGAGAGUUUAGAAAACAGAAAGACAGAAUAGGAAGAGAAUUUUUGAGAGGAGCAGGAUUGCAAUUUAAGUAAUAACUUAACCUUUGCAACAUUCCCUUUCUGUAGCUGCAUUUAUAUUACUCUAUAUUGCGUCUUACAUGUAUUGGUGAAGAAUACAUUAUACACUGUUUGAAUUCACUUCAGCAUCUGCAUUUCUGAUGUUUCUGUUGCUGAGCUUGUAUGCACAAAUGUACAGUUUAAGUGAUCAUGUUAUGCAUUUUGUAAUUUAUUUCCAACAUCUGAAUAAAAUGGUUUUACAUGUAACAUCAUGUAUGAG